CUCUCUCUAUAUAUAGACACCCAUAUGCUAAAAAAGUGACAUGAAAAUACAAAGACAUGGAAAAUAAAAGCAUACAAUUUUCUUCAAUCUUGAUAUCUCUAAUUUUCAUCAUUUUGUGUGUACCUUCUGUUACAUCUCAGGAAGUUGAUGAUGAACAUGAGUUCACAUACGAUGUGAACAGUCCACUCGGGCCAGAUCACUGGGGAGAGAUCCACCCCGAGUGGAACAUGUGUAAUCAGGGAGACUUGCAAUCUCCCAUUGAUCUCACACAUAAACGCGUUCAAACAACUUCCAAUCUUGGAAGGCUUGAUAGAGAUUAUAAACCAGCAAACUCGACUCUUAUUAAUCGCGGACAUGAUAUGAUGUUGAAAUGGAUCGAGGGAGCAGGACAUAUUCGCAUAAAUGGAACUGAUUAUCGGCUUAACCAGCUUCACUGGCACACUCCAACCGAACAUACCGUUAAUGGUCGAAGAUACAAUCUUGAGUUGCAUUUGGUUCAUCAAAGUACGGAUGGAAAAAUUGCAGUGGUUGGAAUCAUGUACAAAAUUGGUCGCCCUGAUUCACUUUUAUCAUUGAUGGAACCAUAUUUUAAAGCGUUGGCAUCCACAGAAGGGGUUGAAAUGAACGUCGGGAUAAUCAAUCCACGAGAUAUAAAAAUUGGUAGCAGAAAAUACUAUCGAUAUAUUGGGUCACUUACUACUCCCCCGUGCCACCAAAAUGUUAUAUGGACAAUUGUUAAAAAGAUAAGAACGGUUACUCGAGAACAAUUGCAUGCAAUACGUGAAGUUGUCCAUGAUAACGCUGAGGCAAAUGCAAGACCAGUUCAACCUCUAAACAACCGUUGGAUAAAGCUUUAUAGACCAGACGACCAUCUAAAUAAGUAAAUGUUUACACCAAUUUUGUUUUUAACUAUGAUUUAAUUUAUUGGGUAUGAAUAUAUUUAUGUACAAAUAAGAGUUAUUUCGUAUGCAAAUUGUUUGAAACAUGUUAUUGUUUUUCAUGAGAGGAUAAAAUACACUGUUUGGUUUGCAA